GAGAAUGUGUACAAACAGAACAUUGAACAGCUGGACAAGGCCAGGACAGAGUGGGAACAGGAACAUAUUAAAACCUGUGAGGUUUUCCAGCUCCAGGAGUGUGACCGCAUCACCAUCCUCCGGAACUCGCUGUGGGUUCACUGCAAUCAGCUCUCCAUGCAGUGCGUGAAGGAUGACGAGCUGUAUGAAGAGGUUCGGGUAAGCUUGGAGAACUGCGUCAUAGAGUCAGACAUAGACUACUUCAUUAAGAGUAAAAUGACAGGAACACAACCUCCAGGUGCAAUAGGAUAUGAGAACUACUAUGACAGAGAACCAAACAAAAGCAACAGCCCAACCCAGACUUGUGGGAUGAUGAAGAGAUUCUCUGGACUGUUGCAUGGAAGCAGCAAAAACAAUGCUGAAAGAGUCAUUCCUUCAGCCCCUCCUUUAGAGAAAACAGAUGGGGUCUACGCAGCCAUUUUUGUAAAUGAACACGAAAGAACUACAUCACAGGACUACAGAGUACUUUAUGACUACACAGCCCAGGUAAACAAACUAAAUAUUGCAUACAGUGUCAGAUUUAAAACCGAAUGCUGAUCUUGAAAGCAUUAGUUGUGCGAAGGCGCCGUUAGCUUCCCUUCCUUUUUCAGAGGAGGGCACCUAGAGCUGUUGGCACAGAUAACUGGACCGUGCUCUGCCCAAGAUGAAACAAUAAGACUCUUUGCAAGGAAUUAUGCUUGCCUAAAUUGGUGCUGAGCUGUUGCAACCUCCUAAGGACACACGGAAAACUUUAUUUUGGUGAUGAUGGCCAAAUGUGCAAUACUGAGCAUUCUGAACUUAUAUUUUCUGUGAAAUGUCCUCCCUGGGUAAGAAAAUAGGUAGAGAUCUCUCUUAUAAACUCUUCUGCAGCCUUACAGCAGAUCUCAGACUAUAUGAUGGAUGCUUGACUAAGAACUCUUCUCCAUGUGAUCUCGCCUGGAGAGUCCUGCUCCAGUUUAACACACUGGUUUUAACUGAGGUCUAUUCCAUGCUGGGGAGGACUGAAUCCCCAGAAAUGAUAGUGUAUCAGUGUUGCAAAUUGCAGAAUCGCAGCAAACUUGGCCUGUGUACCAAAAGAGUGUUAUAAACCACGACCUGCAUCCUUAACCUAGAUAUUAAGCUCUCCUGGCUUCAGACCUGUCUCAGCAUAAUACCAUUAGUAAGAUUACAAUAUUAGAGGGCAACCACUGCACUAAGCAUUAAAAGCACAGGCUCUUCACAUGUAGAUUUCAAGAUGUCUGAAAGAGAGAUAUCAUUAUUCCUAUCAUACAGAUUACCUUCUAAAACACCAAAAAUAGAAAGAAAAGGACCAACACACAGUGGCUCAGGCCCCUGAUGCAUCUAAUGAAUAUCUUAUUUCGCAGCAGCCACAGGUUUCAGAGUGGUGUAAAUAAAACAUACAGCACGUAGGACACCUGCCCUCGCUUUCCACCUCAUCAUUGUUAUAAUUGCAUCCAAAUCCAGCAAUAGCUGUUCAACCAUAAAAUGAACCUUUAGAUUCUUUCCACUAUAUUUUUCCUCAAGACUGGUUAAAAAUAUUUUCUUCUUCACGUUGACUCCUGCUACACUGUUAGCCUCCCCUAAAAGGACUGUCAUAGUUUAAUUUGUAGGCUUAAGAGUUCCUCCACUGGUCACCACUGUUUGUUAUUAAGAGAACCAAGAGUCCUAUUUAUGGCCUGGAUUUGUAGAGAUACUGUUUUUGUCUCUGCCAGGAAUUAAGCCUUGCACUGUUCAACUGAGCAACAGCUGUAGAGUAAGGAAGGUUCAUGGCUGGCUGGUUUGGGACAGUCACAUUUAUCCCUUUCCACCCUUCCCUUAUGAUAAAACAGGUUGCUUAGGAGGAGACAACAGGGAGGCUGGGGAUCGUUCUGAGGAUCUUAAGGAAAUAGGCAGCUCAGUUGAUGCUUACUUCUCCACUAUUUGGUAUUUUAGGCUCAUUCCCAAUCAGGAGGACACUGACAGACUCUUGAUGAAAGACAGGGUAA